AUGAUUAUUGUCGAGCUGACUACCGCGCGGGAGAGCAUUAAGGAAUUGGCCUUGGAUAUAUAUUUUGGCCAAGACGUCUUUGUAGGUGCAGGCUCCCAAGAUGGCAGUGCUCAACCCUCUUUUAUAUUCAAGAAAUUAAGUAAUCCACCAAUCCUUGAAGAUGUGUCUACAGAUACUAAAGCUGAUUUUACAAUGAUGCAUGAUUUAAUAGUCGUUGAUUACGAAAAACAUGGGGAACUGGUUGGCUCGAUCGUGCUGGAGGAAAGGUAG